AUGGUAAUUGAGAUCUCGCAGUCUGGAAAAGGUGACCAUGUGGCCUCAGUCCAAGAGAAAAAGUCUCCAUCAAACUUAGAAGUCAAACAGAAAGCUUCUGGAGAGCCAGACCAGGCUGCUGGUUCCCACAUUUCCAGUUCCCAAACAGAUCAGCAGUCUCGAGACCCGCCCGGUAAAGCUUCACCUCAGGCCCCCACAGCCAAAGAAGGAGCCUCACCUGUAUCCCCAACAGCUAACUGCACCAGCACCAAGGUUCACACUCCAAAGCCUCUGGCUCUUCCUCUUAUUCGCUCCAAGACUGGCAGGCUCAUACUUCCCUCAUGUCUGAAACCAAUUGGCCAAGGCUUCUAUACACUCAUGGUCAUGAAACCCAGGAAGAAUGAAGAGGAGGGUGAUGCUAGCUCUUCAGCUAAGAUGAAGCUGUUUGAGCCAUUAGACGCUACCAUGUCUGCAUCAGACCUGCCUUUGGAUUUGGAAACUGGGCAUAACCUGGAGAGCAAAACGGCAUCUUCAGAUUCCGAUUCGAAGGUUUCGGGUGUAAUUUCCCCCCAGGCUGAGCUUGCCACCCUUAACAAAUCAAUGUUUGUGCCUUCAGUGGAUCUUAAAGCUACAGAAAACAACAGUGAUGGCAGCACAGGUGCAGGCAUGAGCACAACUUUUCCAGCUGCCCACUUGAGGUUUAAUCGCGUGUGUUCUGUCAAGUCCGAGGCCGAUCCAAGCCUUCCAGAAGCCCGUCGAGGCAGGGGCAGGCCUCGAAGGAACCCCGCAAGUACUGCUGUGGGUGAAAAGGAAACGUGUAGUGUGAUAGAGGAGACCAAUAAAUGUGUCGGCAAAGGUGAAAUAUCUGUGCUGCUCGAAGAGAAACAAAGUAAAAAAUUUACUUUGGAAGAGACCAAGAAGGAAGCUGAGGACCUCGCGGGCAAUGUCGGUAAAGUAGCAGAUAAUCCUGUGCCAGUCAGGCGACCCAGAGGAAGGCCUCCGAAAAGAAGGUCGGCACCAGUUAAGCGUCCUGCGAGUAGUCCCCUCAGAUCCAGUUCUAAGAAACUUAAAUGCAAUCCCUCCGCUAAGGCAACUGAAAGCCCUACCACCAAGACGUCGAGGCCUUUAACACGCGGUGCUUUAGGAAAAGACUUCCCCAGCGCAAAGAAACGGUCCUGGAUAGACGUAGAAAAAGAACUGGAACCUGACCUAGAAUUUGCAUAGCUGUAACAGCUUUCACUACAAAAACGAAUCUACGCUCUGAGAGUCUCACACUGAAAUCUCACUCAUGACUAAAGAUGUCUUCACAUGUGAACUCUGGACUCACAUCGGAGCCUUUGUGAAAGUCGUCUUUUCUCACAUGUGCAACACGGCAGGAGGCGGUUUGUUUCACACACCUUCUCAUUGUUAGGUUUGAGUGAAGGUGCUGCCUGGGACCAUGCAGGUAAGGGUGCAUCCACCUGCCCUCUAUGCUAUUCUCACAUGGGCACAGCUGAUUAAAGCAGGAGUUUUUGUUCUGGGAAGCUGGAUGUAAAAGACUAAUUUGUGUGUAAAUGAACUAAGGAUGCAGCAUCUUUUUCUAACAUCAUCUUCACAGUCUUACUUGAAGUUUCUCUGCUUUCUGCUGAUAUCGGAAGCUCGAGUCACGUGUGUCAAGGAAAGUGUCACCAAAUGUGCCUGUCUGAAAAAGCCAAAGGAUCAGGGCCACGGAUAAUAACUGCUGCUCUCUUCUGAACUCAGUGGACUUCUUUCAUAAUGUAGAGAAAGGCUGAUUUUGUUUGUAUAAAUGAUAAAACGGCAUUAAGAGACCUGCUGAAUGUAUUCAUGAAA